UUCCCCUCUUUCCUCCAAGGAAAUGAAAUGAAGGGACGAAACCCAAAUUCUCGAAAAUCAGGAAACGGAAGAUUAAAUCAAUUGGUUUACUUUACUUACAACAGCGAUUCAUCACUUCAUCUCUCAUCAGCUUCGACAUAAUUUCAUUUUCCUUUUUUCCUUUCACUCUACAAGAAACUUGAGAGGCCAAAUUGGAAGAAGAAGAAGAAGAAGAUUGAAGAAUCAGCAGCAAUGUCGAGCUUUCCGGAAGAGUUAUACCAUGAAAUCCUUUUAAGAUUACCAGUGAAAUCAUUACUUGUAUGCAAAUCUGUCUGCUGGAAUUGGUAUGCUCUAAUCUCUACCUCUGAUUUUGUUGAAACCCAUAUUGCUAUUCAGGAAGAAAAACCCAUUCUCAUGCUUGAAGGUUCUCACAGGAAUAUUAGUAUUGUUUACUCCAUAAAUUAUGAUUCAUUAGCAUCAUCUUCGAUUGGCGACGCAAUUGAUGCUAUUGAAAUGGACUACCCAUUCAAAUCUUUAGGUUAUGGUAUUGUUCAACUGUUCGGUUCAGCUAAUGGUCUGGUCUGUGUAUGGUUGUUUGAUAAUGGGGGUAAUAGGUAUUGUAUUUGUCUUUGGAACCCAGCCACAGGAGAAUAUAAAGAAAUACCACCAUUAUCAGCAAUUAGAAAAUAUUGCCAUGUUCAAUUACAUGCUUUUGGUUAUGAUCGCAAGACUGAUGAUUACAAGUUGUUAAUGGGUGUAGAAGCUCCUGAAAGCAAGGAUAGUACUCUCAUCCAUGUCUAUAGGUUAGCAUCGAAUUCGUGGGUAACCGGGAAAACCAUACCUUGUCGGUUUCAUUAUGAUCAGAGAUCUGGUGUGAGUUCUAAUGGAGACCUUCAUUGGGUACCACUAGGUCAUGACAAAUAUUUAUUACUCUCUUUGGAUAUCAGUGACGAGAAUUUUAAAGAAAUGCAAAUACCAAAAGAACUUGCGUGUAACAAUGCUAACCAGUAUCUGUUUCUGGGAGUGUUGGAAUGGUGCCUUUGCUUACUUGUCAGCUUACAUGUUGAUGGUCAAUUUGAAGUACGGGUGAUGCUGGAGUAUGGCGUUCGGGAAUCUUGGACUAAGCGUUAUGUCAUUGGCCAUGAAAGUCUUAUCCAUAAACAGUUCUUUUUUAGGAUUGUGUGGUCUUUUGAGAAUGGGAAGAUGCUAUUCUUAAAUGGCGAUGGGCUAGUUUUGUAUGAUCUAAAAUAUGGAAGUGCUACUGAACUAAUACUCCCUAAUAAUCCAUUCUUGUACUUCAUUCACACCAAGAGUUAUUUUGAAAGCUUAGUUUCUCCGAAUUCCGGUACUUAUAACGGAGGGGAAACGGCUCAAUAAGAACAUGAAGAAGGCGAUUAUGAAGAAAAACAGACUUAAAACAUACUUGUGAAAGCGAAGUCUCAAUUUGCAAGCACUUUUGCCGGGAUUUGAGAUUGAUGCACCCGAAGAAUGAACAUAACCUGGCAGCUUUACCAGGGGUUAUAUCCUAUGAAGGCAUGUAUGGUGAGAGAGAAGAAACUACUGCUUAAGAGGACCAACUUCUUUGUAAACUUAGCUGCAUGGAACUUAUUAGAGCAGCACAGGAAGCAUUAUAAGCUGCUAUAGACUCUGUACUCUUCUGCUUCUCCAGCAUUUUCUUGAUUCAUGAAUUUUAGUUCUAA